UCUCACUCCUUCACUUGACCAUGCCUUCAUUUCAUGAUCCCGCGUUUGCAAGGGGAACGGCUCGAGAAGAAUGUACCAAUUUCACUACUUUAUUUUUGUCUUCUUUCCGUGUCAGCUCCAUCUCAUGAUCUGUAACCAUGCGCUCAUGGUACCGUGAUAAACAGUCGUCCCUUUUUUCAGCUUCAGCUUUGCUAUAAAUCCACGGCCAUCUGAAGUCGGAAUCCCAUCCACCAGCAUGUUCUUCAGCCAACUCUUCAGCUUGAUUGUGCUGCUCGUUGCGCAGGUCCGGGCACUCAGUUGGACAGCGACACCAUUCAAUCCUCCGUCUAUCCCCUUAGCGGUGCGUACACCGUACCUGUCAGCCUGGCUUCCACAAGGAGCUGGAGUUGCGUUAAACGACGCAUGGCCAACUUUCUGGACUGGUCAGAUACUGGGCUGGGCUGGUUUUGUUAAGGUCGAUGGAACAGCGUACAGUUGGCUGGGAGCUCCUAGCGUUCCUGAUGCUACCUUUACGAAGGCGACGCAGAAGAGUUUCAAGUUCACCGCAACUCAAAGCACCUUCGUUCUCUCAGCCGGUCCAGUAGAUCUCACGGUUAACUUCCUCAGCCCCGUUGAGCCUACAGACCUUGUUAAACAGUCUACUCCUUUCUCGUAUCUAUCCGUAUCUGCGUCUUCCACAGACGGACGCGCGCACUCAGUUCAGAUUUACUCUGACAUCAGUGCAGAGUGGGUUUCUGGUGAUAAUGGAUUGGUUGCCAACUGGAAUACGUCGUCUGGCACAAUCCUGACGCAUCAGGUGCAGCUGGCUUCUCCAACCCGAUACGGAGAAGUGAACGACCAUACUCAGUAUGGCUCUGCCUUUUACUCUACUCCCAAUACUGGCGGAGCAACCUUUCAAACGGGUGCCGAUGUAACCGUGCGUGCGCAAUUCAUUCAAAAUGGCCGGCUGGCAAAUACCCGUGACACCAACUUCCGAGCUAUUAGCAACAACUGGCCCGUUUUCGGUCUUGCCCAUGACCUCGGAAGCGUUACGAGCGGCAGCGUUCUUUUCACCGUGGGCCACGUCCGUGAUCCAGCUAUACAAUACAUCGUCAAAGGAGGCGCCUUGCAAGAUAGGAGUUUGUUUUUCUGGAGUCGGUUUAGUACCACUGGGGACCUUAUCACCUCCUUCAUCAAUGAUUUCUCCGGUGCUCUUUCUCGUGCCAAUGCUUUCGAUUCCAAGGUCAACAACGACGCGACCAAGAUUUCGGCCGAUUACGCUUCAAUCGUUUCACUGUCAAUCAGGCAGUCCUUAGGCUCCAUUGAGAUCACUAUUGCGAAGAAUAGUGACGGAUCGUGGAAUACUGGUGAUGUGAUUGUCUUCAUGAAGGAAAUCUCCAGCGACGGGAACACAAAUACAGUGGAUGUCAUCUUCCCUGCUUGGCCCAUCUUCCUUUAUACCAAUCCACAACUAGGUAAAUUCCUUCUCGAGGGAAUACUCAGAUAUCAAGCGAGCGGACUGUACCCCAACAAAUGGUGUGUUCACGAUAUUGGUUCAAGUUACCCGCACGCUACUGGUCACAACGAUGGUAGGGAUGAAGCUAUGCCUGUUGAAGAGAGUGGAAAUAUGGUUAUUAUGGCGUUGAGUUACGCUCAAAAGACUGGCGACAACUCUCAUUUAACUACAUAUCGGUCCCUCCUUGCACAAUUUACCGACUUCCUCAUCACGGACUCUCUCAUCCCUGCCAACCAGAUUAGCACUGAUGAUUUCGCUGGCCCGCUUGCCAAUCAAACCAACUUGGCUAUCAAAGGGAUCAUCGGUAUUAAGGCGAUGUCUGUGAUCGCUAGUAGGCUUGGAGAUACCAAUGGUGCGAACAAUUACAGUUCUAUUGCUGCUGAUUAUGUCACCCGUUGGCAAGGGUUCGCGAAGUCGAAGACGGGUCCACAUUUGACCUUGGCGUAUAACAAUGAUGCCAGCUGGGGCCUUUCAUACAACCUCUAUUCCGACAAGCUUCUCAAGUUGAACUUGUUCCCUCAAUCUAUAUACGAUUUGCAGACUGCAUGGUAUAACACUGUCUCGCAACAGUUUGGUGUACCGUUAGACACUCGUCAUACGUACACCAAAUCCGACUGGGAAAUCUACACCGCCGGACUUGUCACCUCCACUAGUACGCGUGAUCUGUUUAUAUCGCGUGUCCGAAGCUACGCUGCCAGCGGCAAAAACAACGUCCCACUCAGUGACUGGUACGAAACGACGAAUGGGGUUUCUCAAGGCUUCAGAGCGAGACCCGUCGUAGGCGGACAUUUGGCGUUGUUAGUUCUGUAAUUGGCUCUCUUGUGUAGGUUAUUGAACGAAUGCAAAACAACAUGUACGAACA